AUUAUCUUGAAGGGCUUCCUUGACAGUUAAAAGUGCAGGAACCCUAUUUGCUUUUUGCACUUUCCGCCUCCUAUGAAUACUAUGUCUGGAUAGUAGUGUUACUUUGAACUAAUAAUUUGUGGAAUUGAGGGGCAGUUUCAAUAACUAAAAUGGCAGAUGAGGAGAGUUUAAAUGUUAAUGAAGAGCAGAAUGUCAAGCCGAGGCACAAGGGAAAACAUGACAAGCCAAAGCCAUGGGAUGAUCCGAGCAUCGACCAUUGGAAGAUUGACAAGUUCGAUCCUUCCUGGAAUGAGACUGGGUUGCUUGAAGUCAGUUCCUUUUCAACUCUCUUCCCUCAGUACAGAGAGAAAUAUUUGCAAGAGUGUUGGCCUAUUGUAAAAGGUGCCUUGAAAGAGCAUGCGAUUGCCUGUGAACUUAACUUGGUUGAAGGAUCCAUGACAGUUUCUACUACUAUGAAGACAAGGGAUCCCUAUAUUAUUGUAAAAGCUAGGGAUUUGAUAAAACUUUUGUCAAGAAGUGUCCCUGCUCCUCAGGCUGUCAAAAUCCUGAAUGAUGAGAUGCAAUGUGACAUCAUCAAGAUCGGUAGCAUGGUUCGCAACAAGGACCGAUUUGUUAAACGCAGACAAUAUCUUGUGGGUCCCAAUUCGUCAACUUUAAAGGCCCUGGAAAUUUUGACCGGCUGCUAUAUCCUUGUCCAGGGAAACACAGUUGCUGCUAUGGGUUCCUUUAAAGGUCUAAAGCAAGUAAGGAGGAUUGUAGAGGACUGCAUACAGAACAAGAUGCAUCCACUACAUCAUAUCAAGAUCCUCAUGCUGAAGAGAGAGCUUGCAAAAAAUCCAGCUCUGGCUAGUGAGAACUGGGAUAGAUUUCUUCCGCAGUUUAAGAAGAAGAACGUUAAACAAAAGAAAGUUAAGACCAAAGAAAAGAAACCAUAUACGCCUUUCCCACCUCCUCAGCCACCUAGUAAGAUUGAUCAACAACUGGAAAGUGGUGAAUACUUCUUAAGUGACAAGAAGAAGUUAGCAAAGCAGUGGGAAGAGAAGCAAGUAAAACAGGCUGAGAAGGCUGCUGAAAACAAGAAAAAACGAGAAGCAGCUUUUGUUCCACCUGAGGAAUCAAAAACACAUAACCAAGAUGUGUCCAAUGUGGAUAAGGAUGAUGUCACUGCCAUGGCAUCGACAUUGAAGAAAAAGGCAAAGGAGUUCAGGAAGCAAAAAUCAAUUGACAAGAUUGAUGCUCAGGAAUUUAUUGCAGGUUCCAGCAAGCCAUCUAAAAAGAAAUCGAAGAGCUCUAGAAAAGCCAUCUCGUAGGAAAAGAUUGUUAUUGGCUGUUGGUGAUUAUGAUUGAUGGAGAAAUUCUGUAAAACUUGCAGAUGUGUAAAUGUCUGUCUUGUCACUGUCUUGUAUCUUCAUUCAUCUACCGGAUUUACGUUAACAUUCUGGAGGACCUCCCCUUCCAUGUCAUCAGCACGGCGGUUGGCUAGUCCUAGUAUCUGGGGAUUUUGGAAAUUUCCCCCCUUUUAGUUUCGAUGAUAGCGAGGUCCAUAGUGUUGCUUUGUGUACCUGACACUGAUUAAUAGCGUUGCUUUGUGUCACAAGUAAUUUGAACAGACUGAUCAAUUGGAGUAUUUAUUAUGUGUUUAA